AUGCAAAAAGAAAGUAUGGAAAUAGAGAAGACUACAAAUAUUAAACAAAAGCCUCAAAGAAACGUAUUAAGGUCUAUAUUUGUUCAUAAGAGGAUCAGAGGUCAGGAGGAUUCUUUGGGAGGGAGUUUGGGGCAUUCUAAAAUCCCACAAAAGCUAAAAUGCUUUUUUAAAUUUAAUCAUAAUAGCCGUAAUGCAAGCUGCAGUAUAUCAGACAAGAGUACGGACCAUAAUGUUGUUAUUAUUGAGAAGAAUCAUAAGAGAGAUGGAAAAUUUGGGGAAUAUGGACGUCUUUCUGAACGCAAAAAUGCAUAUACAAAAGAUAAGAAAGUUCUUUGUUUAUCGGUGAAACGGGAUGGUACGAUGAAAAAUACAUUAUCAAAAUCAUAUUUUAUUAAAGACGAAAAUAUGGUUCAAUUUUUUCAAAAAAUGAAUCCGAUGUCAUAUGGAAGAUUUGGGUUUCGUAAGUUAAGGACCCAAAAAUCGAAGACAUUUCCCCCGGAAAUAUCAGUAAAACUGGAAAAAAAAGAUACUACAAAGAGUUUUUCUCAUAUUAAUCGAAAAUCGUCUGGUUGUGACAUUCAUGCUGUAGAUUCAAGUGAUAAGUCAUUAAAAAAACAUUAUUUGAACGUUCCGAGUCCGGGAAAGCUGAAAAAACAAAAUAAUUUUCUAAGAACAUACUCAAGUAAUUCUAUCAAAAUUUGUAGUGUGGAAGUAGGGCCAUCUAGUUUUGAUAAGAUUAAGUUACUUGGGAAAGGGGAUGUUGGAAAAGUAUAUCUUGUUCGAGAAAGGAAAACGAGAAAGUUAUAUGCAAUGAAAGUUUUAAAUAAAAAAGAGAUGAUUAAAAGGAAUAAAAUUAAACGUGUGCUUACUGAGCAAGAAAUUUUAGCAACUAGUAAUCAUCCUUUCAUUGUUACGCUUUACCAUUCUUUUCAGUCUGAUAAGAAUCUUUAUUUCUGCAUGGAAUACUGUAUGGGUGGAGAAUUUUUUAGAGCAUUACAAAUGCGUCCAGGAAAAUGCUUAUCAGAGGAUGCAUCUAGGUUUUAUGCAGCAGAGGUAACUGCUGCUUUGGAAUAUUUGCAUUUGAUGGGGUUUAUUUAUCGAGAUUUAAAACCUGAAAAUAUUCUUUUGCAUCACUCAGGGCAUAUUAUGUUGUCUGAUUUUGAUCUUUCUAAGCAAUCUGCCCCAGGAGGUGCUCCUACUAUGAUUGUAUCAAAAGGCGUCUCUGGUUCAUUCCCUGCAAUUGAUACAAGGUCUUGUAUUGCAAAUUUUCGAACUAAUUCAUUUGUUGGAACAGAGGAAUAUAUUGCUCCUGAAGUUAUUAAGGGAUGUGGGCAUACAAGUGCUGUAGAUUGGUGGACAUUAGGAAUUUUAACAUUUGAGAUGCUUUUUGGAGUUACGCCUUUUAAAGGAAAAAAUAGAAAUAUUACUUUUACAAAUAUUCUAAAAAAUGAUGUUGUAUUUCCAGAGACUAAUUAUCAACAAAUUUCAAGUUCAUGCAAAUCUUUUAUUCGGAAACUUCUGACUAAAGACGAAAAUCGUCGUCUUGGAUCUAGGGCAGGUGCUUCAGAUAUAAAGCUUCAUCCUUUUUUCCGAAAUACCCAAUGGGCAUUAUUACGUCAUACAUGUCCUCCUAUAAUACCUGUACUUUCGAAAAAUUUUGAAACUCAAAAUCUUCGAGAUCUUAAAGAGAGUUUAAGUAUUGAUAUAGAUUCUUCUCAAAAUAUUAAAGCAACUUCUACUAUUGAGUUUCCCUUAGAGACAUGGUUACCUUCUAAUUCUGGUGCAUCUACUGACCCUUUCGAUUCUUUUAGUUCAAGUAUGAUUUCCUUAAAUUUAUUAAAAUCUAAUUCUUUAGUGACAUUAAUUCAUGAGGGCGAAUCUAAUGAUUCCAUUUUUGAUUAUUCUAAUGAAACUUUAAAUAAAAAGGAGGAAAGCUCUGCUUGUUAA